AUGCUCAGGUCGCCGAGGCCGGGCCGGUUGAAGCCCCACCUGUUGAGCAGGACCCAGGUGCUGGACCUGAAGGGGCGCUUGGAGAGCCUCCACCUCCUCCGCCAGGACUGUCGGGGGGUCCUGGAGAAAGCAUGGGGGGGCAUUCAGCUGCGGAAGCCGGUGGCCGCCUUCCGGUCGCUCGUGUAUAAGCUGCAGUGGGUGGGCAGGGAGACCCGCGCCGAGGCCGCGGGCACGGCCUCGAUUCUUGCUACGAAGGUCAACGGCCCUUCGGUCAAGGACCUGUUGGACGCUAACAAAAUGAUUUUGCUGCUCGACGUCACUCGCGGCAAUGUUGUCCACGAGCGGUGGCGGGAGAACCUCGGCCCGUUCGUGAGUCUUCUCAAGGAGGACUGCACCGUGCUUGGAGAGCCGGUGACAGGCAACGUCAGCGUCGCAGAUGCGAAGGGGAUCUAUGACACCCUCUCGAAACUCACGUCGGGGACCAAGUCGGAUAGGAGGGCCGCCAUAGAUCUAGCCGUCGUCAGGGAGACCAUGGAUCGGAUAGGGAGCGCGAUCAGGUGGGUACCACAUCCCCACAUGCCCGUGGAUUGCCUCACCAAGGCCGAUCUGGCCAAGACGAAUGCUGCCCAACUCGCUCUGCUCAAGCCGGGCAUGCUUAGGCUCAGAUCGGAAGAAGAUUCCCUAAAAGAUCGCAGGGACGCCCCCCAGGUCAAGAACCGAUCCAGAGCCGAGUCCAGGCGACAGCUGCAGUGA